AUGUGUGGAUUAUUAUUUUAUAUUUUGAUGGCAUUUGGUUUGAAUUAUUUGUUAUAUAGUUUAGUAAGUGCAGUUAUAUUGGAUGCAUUUUCAUGAUAAUUAGAGAAAGGGAAUCAGUAUGAAGAAAAGAGAAAGAAUAUAAUAGAAAUUAGGAAUUUAAGGAGUAUUAACUAGGAUGAUAUUAAAUUAGAUACUUUAUCAUCAUAUAAAACCUAGAAAGAACUUCUAAUCAAUAUUUAAUAAAAUUUGGAUGCUAGGUUUCAAAUUUAAAACCAAAUUUGCAGUUAAAAUAUAUUAAACGCAAUUGAUUAAUUUUUAACAUCAAAGAAAAAGUAUUUUUUGUCUAGCAUAAUCAUAGAAUUUGUAUACAUAUAAAAAUAUUUUUUGCAGAAAUCUCUUUUAAAUAGUAUAGAAUGCAGGUCGAUUGUGA